AUGGGCCCCUAUACCGCCUCCUCAUGCUGCUGCCAGGCCCGUAAUCUGCCAUGGGCCCCCGUACCAACUCCUCAUGCUGCUGCCAGGCCCGUAAUCUGUCAUGGGCCCCUGUACCGCCUCCUCAUGCUGCUGCCAGGUCCAGAGUGUGUCAUGGGUCCCUGUACGGCCUCCCAUUGCUGCUGUCUCCAUCGCCACACUCUGCCAUGUGCCACUUUCAGGUCUCCUCACACUGCUGGUGGUUUCCAUUUUUGUCAUAGGGUGCUGUAUGGCCUCCCAUUGCUGCUGCCUCCACCGCCACACUGUGGCUCCACACUCUGGUUUUGGCCCCGUGACUGCCCAAAUGAGUGAAGUGUGCGGUGAUUCUAAGAUCGACGGCACUCAUCUGCAUGUCAUACUGACUGACAGUAUUAUUUCUCUUCCCCAGCAGACUCCAAGGGCAUUUAAAUUAAAGGUACAGUGUUCUGCACUAAUAUAA